UCCAAGAUGGCGGACUGAGCAACGAUGUGCCGAAGUUCACUUUUAACUGUAAACGCUGAAGCUUGUUAACCUCCGUUUAACUUGUCGGCUUGAUGUGUGUUGACAAGAAUUACUGAGGUCUUCCAUUUUUGGAUUAGAAGGUUUUCAGAUCUGCAGUGUGUUCCAGGUGAUUUUUUAUGUGGAAUGUCCAGGCUAGGUGGCCUAGGGGGUCUCAGCCCCAAAACACAGACCACCAGCACAGACAGUUCCACUGCUGAGAGACUACACAUGCAUCUUCAGAUGGACAUAUACUCAUAUAGAAACACCUGCAUAGCUGCUUGAAAAAGAGAACUGACCAAGCAGCAAAUCUGGACCUGAUAUUCAGGACCUAGCUGGCCCUCCAACAGAGGUCACCUUUGUUGUUGUUAGCUUUCAUUCAGCCAACUUCUAUUUCUUCCUCUUUGAUUCCCUAACCUUUUACAUUCCAUCCACCAGAUAAUCAUCUAUCCUUUCCUCUGUCCCUCUUUCCAUUCAGUCACCAGUGAAUGUAUAUUGCACUGCAGAGCUUGAUGUGGAGAGCAGGUAAUGGAUGAUGCUGGCCAUGGUGACCUAGUGUAAAUGGCUAUUCCUCAGCACAGCUUAGUGCCAUUCUCUACUGCUCAAUUUUCCUCCUUCACUCCCCUAUCCUCCUACCCCUUCUCCACCUCUCUGCUCUCCUUCCCUGUUCACUGCUGCUUCUUGCUGCCCAGUCCUGCCUCUCCUCUCCAACACCAUGGUAGUUGCAGGCUUGGGUGUUUGGAAGCUAAUGAGAGGUGUCCGUCAGCUGGAGCUUCACCGCCUCAUCCUGGCACUUAUCAUCUUCUGCUUACUGUCCAUGGCCUUCCUAGCUUACUACGUCUCCAACAGUCCCAAAAUCAAGGAGGCCCCCCCCUUACCCUUUAGUGACUGUGGUGGAGGAGGGGGGAUGUCACCAGGAGCGAGUACCGGGGCUGCCGGAGGAGGGCCAGGCGUCCAGAGGGCACCACUUUUCCUUCCUCUGCGCCAGGGCCGACUACGACAGGUGAAGGCGGUGGACAAUUCUAGGACGGAGCCAGUAGUUCUGGUGUUUGUAGAGAGCAUCUACUCCCAGCUCGGCCAGGAGAUUGUAGCCAUAUUAGAGUCUAGCCGUUUUCACUACCGGACAGAAAUUGCUCCUGGUAAAGGAGACAUGCCCACAUUGACGGAGCAUAACCGUGGACGCUACACACUGAUAAUCUAUGAAAAUGUGUUGAAAUAUGUCAAUCUGGAUGCAUGGAAUCGUGACUUGCUGGACAAGUACUGUGCCGAGUAUGGAGUGGGUGUCAUUGGCUUUUUUAGAGCUAAUGAAAACUCUCUUCUCAGUGCACAGCUCAAAGGUUUCCCCCUCUUUCUACACUCACACCUGGGACUCAGGGACUACCGCAUCAACCCCAAUGCUCCUCUACUCUACAUCACCAAGCCCAACCAGGUGGAGCAGGGCUCUUUACCAGGGGAUGACUGGACUAUUUUCCAGUCCAACCACUCUACCUAUGAACCAGUGCUUCUGGCCAGCACCAAGUCUGCUGAAGCACUGGCACAUUUUGGACCCAGCCCCUUGCGGGCUCUCCAUGCUACAGUGGUCCAGGACUUGGGGCUCCAUGAUGGCAUUCAAAGAGUUCUCUUUGGAAACAAUCUCAACUAUUGGCUUCACAAGCUGGUGUUUGUAGACUCCAUCGCCUACCUGACAGGAAAGAGACUGUGUUUGUCCUUGGACCGCCACAUCCUGGUAGAUGUGGAUGAUAUAUUUGUGGGCAAGGAGGGAACCCGUAUGAAGGUGUCAGACGUGGAGGCGUUACUCAACACUCAAAACAAGCUAAGGGUACUGGUCCCGAAUUUCACCUUCAAUUUGGGAUUUUCUGGAAAGUUCUAUCACACAGGUACUGAUGAAGAGGAUCGGGGAGAUGAUAUGCUGCUGCAACACAGGAUGGACUUCUGGUGGUUUCCUCACAUGUGGAGUCACAUGCAGCCUCACCUUUUUCACAACGUCAGUGUGUUGGCUGAACAGAUGAGGCUCAACAAGCUUUUCGCCCAGGAGCACGGCAUUCCAACAGAUAUGGGCUAUGCAGUGGCUCCGCACCACUCUGGCGUUUACCCAGUUCAUAGCCAGCUCUAUGAGGCCUGGAAGUCUGUGUGGGGCAUCAAGGUGACCAGCACUGAGGAAUACCCUCAUUUGAGGCCAGCUAGAUACCGUCGUGGCUUCAUCCACAAUGGGAUCCAGGUGUUGCCUCGGCAGACUUGUGGUUUGUUCACCCAUACCAUCUUCUAUAAUGAAUACCCGGGAGGCUCCAAGGAGCUGGACAAGAGCAUCAGAGGAGGAGAACUAUUCCUCACUGUCCUCCUGAACCCUAUCAGUAUCUUCAUGACACACCUGUCUAACUAUGGCAACGAUCGGCUGGGUCUGUACACCUUUGAGUCUUUGGUGAAGUUCGUCCAGUGUUGGACCAACCUUAAGCUGCAGACGUUGCCCCCUGUCCGGCUUGCUGAGAAAUACUUUCAGAUCUUCCCUGAGGAGAGAGACCCACUCUGGCAGAACCCUUGUCAUGACAAGAGACACAAAGACAUCUGGUCUAAAGAAAAGACCUGUGACCGACUCCCCAAGUUCCUCGUCAUUGGACCACAGAAAACAGGCACUACAGCGCUUCAUUCAUUCCUGAGCCUCCAUCCAGCAAUCACCAGUUCCUUCCCCAGUCCCACCACCUUUGAGGAGAUCCAGUUCUUCAGUGGAGCAAACUAUGACAAUGGGAUUGACUGGUAUAUGGACUUCUUCCCAUUCCCUUCCAAUGUCAGCACAGAUUUCAUGUUUGAAAAAAGUGCCAACUACUUCGACACAGAAGUGGCACCUAAAAGAGCUGCUGCUCUGCUUCCCCGAGCCAAAAUCCUGGCAGUGCUCAUCAACCCGUCUGACAGGGCUUACUCCUGGUACCAGCAUCAGAGAGCCCACCAGGACCCUGCAGCCCUCAACAACACUUUCCAUGCAGUGGUAACAGCUGGCCCCACUGCCCCCAGGGAGCUGCUGGCCCUUCAGAGACGCUGCCUUAAUCCUGGGGCUUAUGCUCUUCACCUGGAGCGCUGGCUGCAACACUACCAGCCCAGCCAGUUGCACAUUGUUGAUGGGGCCCUGCUGCGAACCAACCCAGCACUGGUGAUGGAGGGAAUCCAGAGAUUUCUCGGUGUCACUCCCAUCUUCAACUACACCCAGGCUCUAAUGUACGAUGACAGCAAAGGUUUCUGGUGUCACAGAGUGGAAGGAGGUAGAGCCAAAUGUCUGGGGAAGAGUAAAGGCAGGAAGUACCCAGAGAUGAGUCCUGAGUCGCGUGCCUUUCUGGCUGAGUACUACCGUGAGCACAGCAUGGACCUGCUGCGUCUGCUGAAUCGGUUGGCCCAACCACUGCCGUCCUGGCUCCGCCAAGAACUCCAGAGCACAAGCUGGAGCUGAGGCCACAAGCUCUCACACACACACACACACACACACACACACACACACACACACACACACACCACAGAAAACCAAGACUGGAAUCUGUGGAUGAGCCAACACUUGGCUCUGGAUUAGACUGGACUACCUGAUCUGGAAUCAACAGUAGCAUACAUUAAAAGAGCUACAAGGUUUUAGCUGAUGUUACUGGUGCUCCUGUUCCAUGGAAAAAAAGAAGACAGUACAACAUGAGAUCCUUCUUACAGAAGGAUCCCAGGGGACUCUCCCUCCUACUCCUGAUUUGGUGUCAACCUCCCUUGAGCACUGGGCAGCCCUCGGCCUCAGUCAGUGUGCGUUGAUCAGGGGCUGACACUGUAACAUAUCAGUUUGCUGUGGAUCCAGAGGACUGGGUGACCAGCAGGUUUGGGGCAUAAAGACCAGGUCAGACAGCCUUAAUAAGGGGAGAUGUGGAGUGUAUGACUGGAUGCAGGACAAGCAUGCACAAACACACACACGUCUCAUCUCUCCACGAAUGAUUGAUUGUAAAGCCUUUUCAAAAGCAGUUGUAUAUGUUAGGUUUGAGGGCAGCUGGGUAACAGAAUGGCCAUCAGCCUGAAGAAGACAGACAGUCGAAAUGCUGACCGAGGUUUCUCUGUCUCGCGCACGCACGCACACACACACACAUCCCCCUACCUGCAGGUUCAGCAGUCAGAGUGCUGCAUUUCCUCUUAUCCUCACAGUUUUCCUGUCUGAUUACUGUAAGGAAAAACAUUUCGCAAUGAAUUUAGGGACUAUGAUGACAGGUCGAUGUAAAUAUCAUGUGUUUAGAUUUCGUACCUCACUAAAGCCCAGGUGUGGUUCAGGCUCUGCCUCACACUGACAUCCUGUCAGUGAGCAGCUUUAUUAUACUUUGUGUAUUCACCAAGUCAAAAAUGGUUUUUGAAUUAUGAGACUGUUCUCCACAUUGGCUAAGGUCUCCCUCCAGUCUGCAAGUUUUGUUAAAUAUAAUAGCUUUUAACCUACAAAGCAGUGUUUUUAAAAAAAAUACCAUAAAUGUUUCGACAAAUCAAAGGAAACACACAACAUACAGGGAAUGAUAUUCCUGGAAAAAAAUUGAAAUUAGAAAAACUGUUUUCCAGGCCUGAGUAGAAUGAACCCAGUGUUUUGGAAUAGUUUUUGGAUAUACAUUGUUUUGGCAGUUGUUUAGAAUAUGUCAUGUAAAACAUGUCUAAUGUCAGGUUCAGACUACACGAGAUCAGCCAGAUUUUAGCCCAAUGCGGCGUUGUACGGUGUCCGCUCAGAUUGUGAAAGACAAUGAGUGUUGUAUGCAGUAAUCCAUCUUUUUAUCUCAUGUAGUGUGUCAUUGUAGAAGACAACCGAUGCUGUGUCUGGGAUGCCUCAUGUAGUCUUGACAGAAAGUCUAGCAUGUUUGAUUUGCUUUUUGUCUUCUUCUGUCACAGCCAUCACUGUCUUUAUUUUUAAUCCACUCCCGUCUGCCCUGUUAAAGUUAAUGCAUAGCGCUGUCAUGUCAAACUCAACACUUCCUGUAUCCGUCUAAAAUUAAAAGGCCCUUAUCAUUUUGGUUGAGAGAUUCUCCUUAUUUUCUAAAAAAGCUUUUAUUGUGAAACGUUUGCGGGAACUUGUGGAGGAUUCAGUGACACAUAGUUUGCAUGGGGUAAUUAAAAUGUAGGUCCUGCCAUGUGGUGGUGCUUUUUAUGUUACUACAAUAAUAUUUUGGCUGGCAUAUGAACAGCCAUAGUGACUGAAAUAAUGGUAAUAAUAAUAAAAAUAGGAAAAGAAGAACCAGAUGACAUCACACAUGUUGUGAAAGAUGACCAGGGAUGAUUGGUUGUGGACCAACAUGUAGUCUGUCGUGUCUGUAGGCCAAGUCCUGUCACAAUUUCACGAUUUUAUGACUCUGUAACAGCCUAAUCUGACACAGUGACUGUUAGAACAGACAAAAAUAUCGUGUAGUCUGAACAUGGUAUUACAUUAGGCAAAAUAACCUUCCUUGUAUUACCUAUAUAAAAUCCAGUGCUGCGCCGUGCGACUGUUGUAGAUUUUAAUAUUAAUGUUAAUGUUAAGUAAUGGUUGAAACCAUAUAGUCAUUGGUUGAGACAUCACCAGUAUCACACCAGGCUCUCUACCAAAAUGGUUGAUGUUGUCAACUCUGGUCAGUGUGUUAAUGGGGAAAAGCACUGAGACAACCAAAAGGCUGCUAAACAGACUGCCAGCUUUGGCACGUACUUCACGUCUGCUGUGGCCAGGCCAGAUGAUAAAUCUUUUACACAGGGAUGGAGCUAUAGAGCCUACUAAGUCUUUUCUUCAUGCUGCCUGUGCGUUUUUACACAGAACCAAACAAUGACAGCAUCAUUCUGUGCCAGUGUGUGAUUUUAGGCAGCAUGCCAGCAUCACGGAAUCAAAAGAGGUGUGAGGCCUCUAGUGUGACAUAUAACAUACGGGUUGGCACUUUCUAAACAACAACGAUGUAACAUGUCAAUAACAAUCAUUUAUCGUCCCUGUUAUAUGGCUCGUCGUCCACUCAGAGGGGAAGAAGCUCCCAGACCUAAUUUUUUUCUCAAUUUGCGGGAGUUUUCAGCUGUUACUCUUCUUCUUUGAGUUAGCUGCUACCUGCUAACAGCUACUUUUAAAUCUCCUGUGGUGGGUCAAGUGCAUAACACAUUGUCAAAAGGCUGUCAGCCGUUUACACAGAAAUCAUUUUAGUGCUGUUAAUACCUCCGAUGCCAUCUCAAAGGUGAUACAACUUUGUCCACCCAUUCUGCAAUUGUGCCUUUUAUACAGAACAGCACAGCGGCUUAACGGUGUGAAAUUUCCACCUUGAAGAGACAGAAUAAAAGGGGCUAAUGUUACAGCUUUGUGUCAACUGUAUGUGUAGACACAAAGACACUUAAGUCCAUAUUUUUGCUAAAAAGCUUGUCUUAAGGCAUUGUAUCCUGGAGUAGCGCCUUAUGAUCGCUAUAUAAUUGAAUUAAUUUCUUUAAAUUUUAAAUAAAGUCACUGAAAUGGUGUUAAAUCUCAUGGAAAAGCGUUAAAAAUUAAUCUGUAAAAAAUUGGGAUGCACGAUAUAUAUCAGGCUGAUAAAUUAUCGGCUGGAAAUGGGACAUUUUUAUAAUUCUGCAUUAUUCCAAUAACUGAAAUUAUAGCCAAUAAAUAGUGCCGAUAAUAUGAAGCCACAAUGCUUUCAUUGACUAAACAAGGGCAGCAAUCUACACACCCGACAUAGUAAGUGGCAGUACAUGUACCUUUAAACUUGGUUUGCAAGUGCCAAUAAACACAGAGAAGAGGAAGAAGAGCAACAAAUGCAGCACGCUGUCUAGAGGGCAAAACAUGUCACGGUGUGGACGUCUACAGUUCCAGAGGAAGACAACAGGAUUGUGCCAAGGGUCUGAUCUCCGACCACCCAAUACAGGUUAGAUAGAGCCCAGAAGGACUGUCUCUAGAGUGUUAGCACGAGCUAAUUAGCAACAGCGGCUUACAUCCAACAUUAAGAUUUUAAAAGGCUCGACUCUGUUGCUAAAUUUUUGAAUAACCGCUAGCCAUGUAAUGCUUAUUUUUACCUACCAGUGUGGAGCACGUCUCUCUCUGGCGCGUGCGUGCAUGCGUGAGAUGCAGCUGCUUGUUUGUCUUAGUUGAGGGUUAAUGUGUGAGAUGAAUCAAUACUGCAUAGCAAUUCUGCUUGGUAGUUGUAGGAUAGUCUAUUGUGGGACGGUGAGACGGGUGCCUGGGUGUGUUCAUUAAAAUGUUGUGUGACGAUAUAAACAUUUCAUACAACAGGUGUGACCUGCCGAUGCACAUUCAACCCGUUAAUAUGAGUCAGCUGUCACUGUCAGUGGAGACACCACUUUGCAGUUUAGUUUGUACACUUGACUGAUACACCAGAAAAUUACACAGUAACACUGGGCUUCAUAAUUUCCCUCUCUCUUACCGUUAACUUUAAAUUUCAUACUGAUUAAAAGUCAAUUUACUUUCACCUCCUUGUAUUUAUUUUGUUCAUCUACAGUAUAUGGUUAUAUGGGAGCAAGGGCGUUGAGGGUACGCCAUUUGACAAUCCCCCAGAAAAUCCUCAGCCUAAUUAUAGCAGGUAUAGAAGAGUCAGAACUGUUCUUUGUUUUUGUUGUGUUAACAAUUGUAAUGUCAGGUGUAUAUGGUCUGAUCAGGGCUAUAUUAAAUAAUAUUUUCUCACUACAUCUAAGCCUUUCUUACCCUCAGGUGUACAUAAACCACAGGCUAUACACCUCUUUUUAAAAUACAAAAAUGUGAAAUUGUUGGUUAUCGUAUCAGUUAUCGGCCACAAGAAGCAGGUAAUUAUCGGUUAUCAGUAUCCGUUGAAACAUCCAUAUCUGUGCAUCCCCGUAAAAAUAUGUGGGAACCCUGAACAUAUUGCUGAGCAAAGGUUGUGUCGUAUGACUACAUUUUUUGUCAUUUGAGCAAUGUAACUUUUUUUAAACACAUUUCAUUGCAUAAAUACUGGAAGAAGAUACUAGCAUCACAGAUAAUGUUUUUUAAACACAGAGCCAGACAUCCCUAGUAAAUUGACUUGGACAUAAAGAAUAAAGAGUGAAUUCAACCAGCUUUUGACAGAG